AUGUUCUCGUUUGGAGCUUCUUCUUCAUCAUCAUCAUCGGGUUCAUCAGCACCGUCCAUUCCCUUCGGUAGUGUUGGUAGUGGUGGUAGUACCUUCUCGUCAAGCACGUCUUCACUGGGAUUUUCGUUUGGUAGUACAGCGACGACUACUAGUGUUCCAUCAUCAUCCUCUUUUGGUUUUGGAUCAACAACGAACACCAACACAACUUCUUCCUCUCUGUUCGGAUCAGCUUUUGGAGCAAGUACAGGUUUUGGAGGACCAACACCCUCCUCUUCAUUAUUUGGGUCAUCAUCGUCCACAACAACACCGUUUGGGUUUGGAGGUGUUAGCGGCAGGGGAAGGAGAAGCCAUUCACAAUUGUCAAGAAAAUUAAAGAGUAAGAAAAAAGAAGAUACUUCAUGGCAAGCACUCACACAAAAGUGGCAUACUUUGAAAUUGGAUGGAAAUGAAGAUCAUUCAAGCUCCGAAAAAGACACGACACUCACAGACCACAACAACAGCAGUAACUCUUCAUCUCAGGAAAUGAUCACAAUUGUGUGUAAAAAAGAAAAGAAUGAUCUUGGAGUGUUUACCGAUCAUUCAGAAGACAGGAUUUUUACUAUGAGUAGAGAAGUGUUAAGUACAAGCUCCAAAGUGAUGAAACAAAUGUUAGAUUCAUUUAAUGAGAAGGAAAAUGGAAAAAUUAGUGAGACAACGUUAAACGAAAACACAACAUUAGAUUUUUUAAAGAUUACAAACAGUGACAACUCUUCGCUUGAGUUUCUUUUGCCACCAAAUAUUGUGUUAUAUCUAUUAAUGGCAAUGAAUGAUAUUACGCUUCCAAGUGAUAUUGAGAAUAAUGAUUUCAAAAUUUUAGUUAAGGUUGCAGUAAGAUUAGAAUGCAAUUCUACGACUCAAAACAACAUAAUUAAUGCUACUCCUUGUAAUGGAGCAUCAUACGACAUCUUGCAGUUUCUUUAUAACAAACAAAAAGAGCUGGACCCAUCCAUCGAUUAUUCAUCAAUUUAUACUCCUCUAUGCAGUGAAAUGAUUGGAGUUUUAAAUAGUAUAAUUUCAGAGAAAAUUUACCAAGAAUGGAGUGAAGACUUCUUUUUCUUUGUACUACAUUACUGUCUAAAAGACAAGUGUCAUGUAUUCACAAUCCUCAAAUUAAUACGCGGAUGGAUUGAACAUCAAACUGGAUUUUCUGUUGUCCAAAAUUCUGGAACCCAGAUCAAUUCUUGUACAGAAAAUUCGGACACUUCACAACAACCACAACAGCAAGAUACAAGCUCUACCGAAAUCGUCACUAAUUCUACAUCGGACCUUGUCUCUGAAAAUAACAACAAAAUUCCAUUAGAAAACAAAGAAGAAAAACUCACCAAGCUCAGAAAGUAUCUUCUUGAAUUGGUCAGUCUCGACAUGAAAGAAGAAACAACCUUCUUGGACAUACCCAACAACCUCCGUGCAUUCUUUCUCAAAAUUACUGAUCCAGAAAUUGUCUCUGAAAAGUUACUUUUCAAGUUUUAUCGAGAAGUAUUCAGCAUUAUUACUCCAUAA